CCAGCUUGUUCCACCUCGUCUCAUCUCCUCUCUCUCAGGCGUAUUUCUCAUGGCGCCUUCUCAGCUCGACGCUACAUCUCCUAUCCGGGUAGGAAUUCUCGGAGCAGGCGAAGUGUCACAGGUCGUCCAUCUACCGACGCUCGCGUACCUUUCGCAGUCAUACAAAGUGACGGCCAUAUGCGACGUCUCAAGAGAAGCCGUCGCCCAUGCUCAGGCAAAGUUUCACAUUGCCUUUGGUUGCCAUGAUAGCGCAGAACUAUGCGCCCGAGAAGAUGUGGACCUUGUCGUUGUGGCCAGCGCAGACGAAUUCCAUGCGAUCCAUGCUGUCCAAGCGGCCGACAAGGGCAAGCAUGUGCUCAUCGAGAAGCCCAUGACGCUGACCCGCGAGGACGCCAGGCUUGUCGAGGAGGCCCGCAAGAGGAACGGUGUCCACAUUUCAGUCGGCUACAUGCGCAGGUACACGAGUGUCUGGGCUCGCUUCCUUGACCUCGUCGCCGACUCGGGGCCGAUCCAGUACGCCGUCGUCAGGGAUCUGGGAGGCCCAAAUAGCACAUUUGUCUCGCAAUCAGGCACCGACCCCAAGUACUUCACCGACAUUGCUCCACAAGACGUCGAGGCCAAGCGCAGCGAGACGCAAAGAAUAGCCAGAACUGCCCCAGGGAAGACGAGGAGCAAAGACGCACGUCUCCACAAAAUCUUCCGGCUCCUGGGCUCAUUGGGCAGCCACGAUCUGAGCUGCAUGCGCCACGUCUUUGGCGGGCUUCCCAAAGAGUGCCGUGCGGCCUUCGCUUCGCAGUCAGGUGACUUCAUCGCUGCUCAAUUCGUCUAUGGGCAGGAGGGAGAGGAUGACUUUGCUGUCAAUUACGAGACGGGGAUCCACGCUAUUGGGCUCUUUGAUGCCUUCAUCGAGGUCUUCUGCCGCGAUCGCAUCGUCAAGAUCAAGUAUGACACGCCCUACGUGAAGGGGCUUCCUAUCACCAUUACCGUCCGUGAGAACUCGGGCGUAGAUGGGAGAGGCUUUGAUGAAAAAGUCAUCAGGCCCACCUUCGUCGAUGCAUACACGGCCGAAUUUCUUCGCCUGGAAAAGGCGCUGCGCGCGGGAGCAAAAGUCACAGAAGAGCACCCAAGCGAUGCUGUUAAGGAUCUGGACGUCUUCGACAUGAUCCUCGACAAGCUGUGA